GAGGGGCCCUGACAGGCGGGAGGGGCGGGGCUGAGGGGCCCUGACAGGCGGGAAUACAGACCGCAGCGGCGCCUGGACUGAGACAUCAUGUGGCCUGUCUUAUGGACCGCUUUGCGUGCAUAUGCUCCCUACAUAACAUUUCCUGUGGCCUUUGUGGUAGGUGCAGUGGGCUAUAAUUUAGAAUGGUUUAUCCGUGGAGAUCUGCAACAACCAAUUGAAGAGAAAAGCAUUUUUGAGAUGCGUGAAGAGAGAAAACUCACUGAGCUCAUUGGUAAAGAUUGUACAGAGGUGCUGAGCCUAAAAGAUAAACUGGAGUUCACUCCCAAAGCGGUGCUAAACAAGAACCAGCCAGACAAGGCCAGUAGUAGUUAGCACCUGCACCUGAGACCUGAAAGAAUGAAGCUGUGACCUGUGUCGGAGUUUGAACAUUUAUUUAAAUUGAGUGUGGUUGGACUGUACAUCAGAGGUUUAAAAGUCGGGCUUACUUGAAGAAACAUUGCUGGCAGUUCAGUAAUAUUCUAAUAAACUGCACUUCCAGAAUCUUGUUCAUAAUAUUAGUAACACUGAAAACUCCCUGAUGUGGCUCACUGUGUACACAAUCCUGCCCACAUUCACUUUCCCUCAUUGUGAUGCUCUUAAUUUUGCCUAUAUGACCUUAUGAAUGAAACGUCUCAAUGCUUGUUGGUUAAUAUCCUAAUUGCACUGAUUUGUAAUGUAUUCCAGUUGGGAUCUAUAGGUUUUGACAAAGUUUAUGAUUCUGUUGAAUAAAGACAGUUGCUUUAUUCAAGCA